AACUCGACUUUACCUGGAAGUCCCGAGUUCCCGGAAGCUCAUUGGAAACUAGUUACGAUGUGGCGUGUGUCGUAUCGUUUCUACAUAUUUGUACUCAUUGCUAUAUGUUUUGCAGAAAUGCCAGGCAGCAGCGACGGUAAUUUUAUGUACUUUGCGUUUGGAAGCAACUUAUUGAGGGAAAGACUGCAGCUAAAUAAUCCAUCGGCUGCGUUCGUCUCUACAGGUCGACUAAAGGACUACAAGCUGAACUUUGGCCUGUGGGAGGAACAUGUGGAAAACGCGUGGCACGGCGGAGUGGCCACCAUCGAGGCCUGUCCGGGCGAAGAGGUGUGGGGUGUAAUCUGGACUUUGAGCAAUGAAAACCUCCCAACCUUGGACAAACAGGAAGGUGUGAGCCGUGGAAUAUACUCCCCGCUGGAGGUCUCUGUUGAGAUUGAUGACGGUGUGCUACAAUGCAGGACGUACCAGAUGAACAACUUUCACGCCUCUCCUCCAUCUCCGCAGUACAAACAGGUGGUGUGCCUGGGAGCAGAACAGAACGGGCUUCCAAGGGAAUACCUGAACAGGCUGGAGGCCAUUCAGACCAACAACUACUCUGGCCCCUCGGUCCUGGAUCAAAUUAGAAACGUUACGCAGCUACCUGGAAUUAAGUGAACAAAAAUACAUUAAUGAGGUUUUUAGAACAUUUAAGCCUCAUCAUCCAUUUAGGCUGUCAACUGGCUACUGUAUUCCUCUUAUUGUGUUAGAUGUAAUAGUAGUUACAUCCAUGAUGCUCUACUGUAAAAAAAAAAAAAAAGCUGAAGGUUAAUCUGUGUUUUGCUAGUUGAAUAGAUUUAUCUCUUGCUGUAUCAUAAUAUUGUAAGCAUCCAAUCACAAGAUAGUUGGUGUGGCCCAGCAUACAGCCUGAUGAAUAGUAAAAUUAAACAUAUAUAAUUGGCAAGAGUAUUUUAUUACACAUGAAUGAAAUGACUAGAUGUCUUCUGCAAAUACUCUAACAUGAACAUAAUUUAUUAAAUAAACAAAAGUGAAUCGUG